AUGCCCAUAUAUAUCAUCGAUCGAAAAUUUUCAGAGAUUCCUGGUGAGGCGUUACAGCCAGCAGCUGAAGGAGUGUUGAGCAUGGUGGAGACCGUCCCCCCUAAAUCGGCUAAGAAGCCCCACUGGACCUCUCUGGAGAUCGGGCUGCUCACCAUCGUCUCCCUCCUCUUCAUCGUAAUAUUGGCCCUCAUCGUCCUCUUCGCCACAAAGAGGACUGACAAUGGUGUCUGCACCACGGCGGACUGCACUCAGGCAGCGUCUCGUCUGAUAGAGAACAUGGAUGCCAAUGUGGACCCGUGUGACAACUUCUACCAGUACGCCUGUGGAGGCUGGUUGAAGAAGAACAUCAUCCCAGAGACCAGCUCCCGAUACAGCACCUUCGACAUCCUACGAGACGAACUGGAGGUGGUCCUGAAAGAUGUUUUGGAGAAAAGCGUGGAGGGGGAGGCCAGUGCCCUCACUAAAGCCAAGACCCUCUACAGAUCCUGCACCAAUGAGAGUCAGAUUGAGAAAAGGGGCGGAGCUCCUUUACUAGACAUGCUCCCUAAUGUAUUUGAGUGGCCAAUAGCAACAGACAACUGGGAGAGCGUCUAUGGUGAAAGAUGGAGGUUGGAGGAUGCCAUUGCCAUACUAAAUGAAAAAUACGGAACUCAUGUCUUGGUUAACUUUUUUAUCGGCACUGAUGACAAAGACUCCAAUUCACACAUCAUUCAUUUUGACCAGCAAACCAGCCUUGGCCUCUUAUCCAGAGAUCACUAUAGCUGUACUGGGUCCUAUGCAGAGCCAUGUAGAGCAUACAAACAGUUCAUGAUAGACGUGGCCAAGCUGAUCCGCACCGACCGCAGCCUAGUGGUCAACGAGACCCAGAUCAGAGAGGAGGUCACCAGGGUCAUUGAGCUGGAGAAGGACAUCGCCAAUGCCACUGAUACUCCAGAGGACCGUAACAACCCAGUUCUCCUCUACAACAACAUGGAGCUGGGUGUUCUCAAUGCUAACUUCAGCCUGGAGGUCGACACACAAGUGUUUAACUGGAGUGACUUCACCAGGAAGAUCAUGGGGACGGUCGGCAUCACUGUGCUUGACACAGAGAGUGUCAUCAACUACGCACCUAACUACUACAGACGACUCAACCCCGUCCUGGCCAAGUACACUAAGAGAGACCUGCAGAAUUACAUGGUGUGGCGUUUUGUCAUGAACAUGGUGGUGGGUCUGAGCAGGCAGUACAGGGACACCAGGAAAGCCUUCCGCAAGGCGCUGUACGGUACCACGUCGGAGGCAGCGGUGUGGCGGCAGUGUGCCAUCUACGUCAACAACAAUAUGGACAACGCAGUAGGAAGACUGUACGUAGAGGAGGCCUUCUCUGGGGAGAGCAAAGAACUGAUGGAAGAGAUGAUCUCUGUGAUCCGGGAGGUGUUCAUCAGUAACUUAGACCACCUAAGAUGGAUGGAUGUAGAGACCAAGAAGGCUGCUGAGGAGAAGGCACAAGCUAUCCGAGAGCGGAUUGGCUACUCCAACAACAUCAAGAAUGACACCUACCUGAAUAACGAGUAUAAAAAUUUGAGCUACAGCGCAGAGGAGUACUUUGAGAAUAUCCUUCAGAACCUGGAGUACAUACAGAAGAAACGUCUGAGGAAGCUACGGGUCAAAGUCAACAAAGAAGAAUGGGUAACGGGAGCAGCCAUUGUCAAUGCUUUCUACUCUUCAAGCAAAAACCAAAUAGUGUUUCCAGCAGGCAUCCUACAGCCUCCGUUCUUCGGUAAAGGCCAGACCAAGUCUCUGAAUUUUGGCGGUAUCGGCAUGGUGAUCGGACAUGAGAUCACUCACGGGUUCGAUGACAACGGUCGUAACUAUGAUAAAGAUGGUGACCUGAAGGAUUGGUGGACGCCAACCUCCACCCAGAACUUUGUGAAUCUGUCCAAGUGCAUGGUGGACCAGUAUGGAAGCUUCUCCUGGGACCUGGCCAACGGACUGAAUCUCAAUGGGAAUAACACUCUGGGAGAGAACAUUGCAGACAACGGUGGGAUUCGCCAGUCGUACCAGGCCUACCUGAACUAUGUGGAGAAGAAUGGGAAUGAGCCUCUCCUGCCUGGAAUAAACCUCAACCAUCAACAACUCUUCUUUCUCAACUUUGCUCAGGUGUGGUGUGGAACACAUCGACCACAACAAGCUGUCAACUCCAUCAAAGUAGAAGUACACAGUCCAGGGAAGUUCAGGGUCCUGGGGUCUCUCCAGAACUUCCCAGAGUUUGCCAAGGCCUUCAACUGUCCCAAGAACAGCUACAUGGUGCCUGACAAUAUCUGCCGAGUCUGGUGA